UGAAGUACAACAAGAACACCGGAGGAAAUGAAAGGGAACGAUCGAGAGAACUUAUUUUAAUCUGUAGUUAACAAAGUCAUGUACAUUAAUUCUGCGGCUUAACAAUGAGUUUUGUUACCACAGUAGUUCUCAUUCUUUUCGGUUUGUAUAUAGCUAACAGUAUAUAUGUAAUUUAUCAUCUGUUUCACGUACCGGGCUGUGAUGGAAACGCCAGGAAGUGUCUUCGACCACAUGCUAUCAUCGACAAAGAGCUAGAGGUAUCAAUUUACACAUCACUUCAACAACAGCAACAGAUCAACAGUAGACACUGUCAAUUACUUUGGAAAAGUGAUAACUUUAGUUUGUCGCAUUCAUUUACAAUAUCUGUGAAUGCUACUUUACCAAGUCAAACAAGAGACAACGGAUCAUUGUAUGCUCACAUAUUUAUUCAUCCAGUUGGAGAUCACCCAUUUGACAGUCAGUAUGUAUCACAUGCUGUGACUCCAUUGACAGUAUAUUCAUUACCUCAAGAUGAAUCUAUCAACCUUCUUUCUGAACAAAAAUCAAAGGAGGAAACUAGUGUGAUGUCUAAUGAAAUUCCAGUGACCCAUUGGAAGCCCAUUCUCAAUUUUUAUGUUUUAAAUGAAAAAGUUGAUUUUGAACGGAAAGGCAUUCCUGGUGAGAUCUAUCCAUUUAUCAGGUUAGCUCUUAAUGAGCAAUACCUUCCUGUGUUGUAUAUUGACCAACUGGGAGUGAUUUAUAGAUAUCUCAAGGUACGUUAGCUAACUCAUGAUAUACUGUUCACAGUGAUGCAUUAAGAGGCA